AUGGCCAACGAGGCCCCCACACCCAACCCCUCGCCCGAAACCCUCGAAGCUCUUCAAACGCGUCACAAGAAGGAACAACGCGACCUGCUAUCACGCAUAACCCAAAAGAAGAAACAAGCGACCAAAAAGACGCGAAAAGGCGUAAACGACGAAUGCGAACGACUUGAACGCGAGCUCAAGGAGCGGCAAAACGCUGAAUUGGCAGCUUUGCAUGGACCUCCAUCGGACACUGUGCAAGCAGAAGAUGAGGAGGAGCAGGAGCAGAGGUCGUUGCAAACGUCCAUGCAACAUACACAGGAGCAAUUGGCAGAACUCAACCGCGGCACACAGACCCCGCAGAUCAAAACUGCCAGCACUAAUGGCGACGCGCAAGAAGCCAGGAAGAAGAAGCCCAACCGCGCAAAAGCCCGACUUGCCCGCCGCGCCGCCGACACAGCGGCCAUGAUCGCGGCUGCUGAAGCCGAGGCUGCCAACGCGCCUAAUCCCCGUGAAGUCGAGCGCGAGCGCAUGGCGCAGCAGUUGGAGAAGCGGGGGCUGGUGGUACAGGAGAUCCGGGCGGAUGGGCACUGUUUGUACGCUGCGGUUGCGGAUCAAUUGUCUAGCAGGGAGCUCGGCCUGACACCGACUAUCUCAGUCACGAUAGCAGGGAGUGAAGGGAAACAAGUCAAUGGGGGUCUGGAGGCGUAUAAGAAGGUCAGAUAUGCGGCUGCGGAUUUCAUACAACAGCAUCCAGAGUCCUUUGAUGGAUUCACAGAGGAUCCGUUACCGGAACAUGUGCGCAAGAUACGAGAGACGGGGGAGUGGGGCGGCCACUUGGAGUUGUUGGCUUUGGCGCGCUCGUAUGGCGUGAGGAUAUGUGUGUUGCAUAGUGAUGGGCAGGUGAAUGAAUUCGAGCCUGAAGAAAAAGAUGAUCAAGGGCAGGGCAAGGUCGAGGAGAUCUGGCUGGGGUAUUACAAGCACAGCCAUGGAUUGGGAGAGCACUACAAUUCAUUGCGCAGCUGA